UUCGUUUUUCAUUUUUGUUUCCACGCUCGCAACGAACAAUCAACCAACACCAAGGGAAUUGGACACAUUUGUUUGUUGGACGGGAUUAUUUAAAAAAUAUUAUGAUUUAUUUAUCAAUAAAAUAAUACAACAAAUUCUAUUAGAAUCAAACGAUUAAUCAAAAAUCAAGAAAAACAAAUGACAGGUUCGUGGGGAAAUCAACGACGUGAAACUGGCAAAUCAAAAUGUGGUUAAUUAGCAACAGAAUUAGAAUUCCAUUACUAACUUGUGCAUGGCGAACUUUUAUUCUUAUUACAAUACUGAAUGUUAGCAGCUUUAGCAAAUCCAAUUAUGUACGCGCCUUGAAACACUAUACCAAAGAACGAAAAUUAGAGUUACGUGAACAAGUACGUGGCAUGUUUCAACAUGCCUAUGAAGGAUAUUUGAAAUAUGCCUCAGAUUAUGAUGAACUGAGACCGCUGACGUGUGAUGGAGUAGAUACAUGGGGUAGUUAUUCCCUGACCAUGAUUGAUUCCCUGGAUACACUGGCCACAAUGGGGAAUUUCACUGAGUUCCGAAGAGUAGCAAAGCUAUUGGAGGAAAAAAUGGACUUUGACAGAGAUAUAAAUGUGUCGGUUUUUGAAACCAAUAUACGUAUUGUGGGAGGUCUACUAUCUGCCCAUUUAUUGUCCAAAAAGGCUGGAGUAGAGUUGGAGAAGGGAUGGCCAUGUCAGGGUCCGCUGUUGCGUAUGGCCGAAGAUGUGGCCAAACGUUUGCUGCCGGCUUUUGACACGGCCACCGGCAUGCCUUAUGGUACGGUGAAUUUACGUUAUGGUGUUCCCAAGGGAGAAACCUCCAUAACAUGCACAGCUGGGGUUGGCACUUUGCUGGUGGAAUUCGGUACCUUAUCACGUUUGACGGGAAAUACUAUCUACGAAGAAGUGGCCUUGAAUGCUUUACACUCGCUGUGGAAGAGGAGGUCCAAUAUUGGCUUAUUUGGUAAUCAUAUAGAUGUACAAAGUGGUCGUUGGACAGCUUUAGAUUCUGGAAUCGGUGCUGGCGUCGAUUCCCUUUUCGAGUAUAUGGUCAAGGGAGCAAUAUUAUUACAGAGGCCGGAAUUGUUGGACAUGUUCCAUACAGCCCGCCAGCAAAUAGAUAAAUAUUUACGCCAUGAAGACUGGUAUGUGUGGGCUAAUAUGAAUAAGGGCCAGGUUACAUUGCCGGUUUUCCAAUCUUUGGAAUCCUUUUGGCCUGGCAUCUUGAGUAUGAUCGGCGAUAGAUCGCCGGCCAUUAAGACAAUGGCAAAUUAUGCCAGUGUUUGGAGAAAAUAUGGUUUCUUGCCCGAAUUUUAUACCAUAACAACUGGUGAAGCUGCAGCUAAUCGAGAGAGCUAUCCCCUGCGCCCUGAACUUGUCGAAUCGGCAAUGUAUUUGUAUAGGGCUUCAAAAAAUGAAUUCCUUUUGGAGCUAGGUGAAAGUAUGCUGCAAACCAUUGAACAUAGUGCCAAAACCAGAUGUGGAUAUGCCACAAUACGUAAUGUGGUCACCCAUGAAAAGGAAAAUCGCAUGGAGUCAUUCUUUCUGUCGGAAACCACAAAAUAUUUGUAUUUACUUUUCGAUGAAGAUAAUUUCCUGCACAACGAUGCUGCCAAGGGAGAAAUCAUAGAAUUAGGUGCCAGCAAUGGUGGCGGACAAUGUGUUAUCAAUACAGGACCUUAUAUAUUCAAUACCGAAGCUCAUCCCAUUGACAUGUCAGCUUUGUAUUGUUGUUAUGAUCACAAACAGGACAUGUUCGAUGGUUUGGAUUUGCAGAACUUCAGCGACUCGACGUUGGCCAAAAGUGAUUAUGAUUUAAAUAUAAAAGAUAAGGUAGAAAGUGAUUCCCAUUGUUCCCGCCCAGUAAAUCGGCAACCCGUGAAGAGAGUAACGAGACCAAACGCCAAAGCUGGAAAACCACAGCCUCCACAGGAACCCAGCAUGGCAGUGGAUAUUGAGGUUUUCGAUGAAAACAAUAAACCAGCUGGAGAUAUUUUGGUAGAAUCAUUUGAACGGGUUAAAAAUGAGCAAAUUACCAUGACCAGAGCACCACCAACCAUUGAUGGCUCGCAACUUCGCAAUCAAUUAACGGUUUCAGAUUUACAAGAUUUCUUUGCCAAGAGACGUGAGCAUUUUAAAAAUCCCCAGGAAGUUUUAGAUUACACUGUGAAAUUUUUAAAGAACUUUACCUUGGAUCCAUCGUAUAUUUUAAGUCUAAAACUUUUUGAUAAGACCGUGACCGAAUAUCUGGGAUCGGCUACGCAAAAAGAAUACAGCAGUACCACCAAAACCCUGUGGGAUAUAUAUGUCUUAAAACAUAAAUAUCAAAUGAAUAUGAAACUAUUGAUGACAUUCAAUUUACAUGUGCUUGAUGAUUUUGACAGCAAAAUGGUGGAAAAGGUCCUGAUGGUCUUGGCGGGAGAUCAAACUGAUGUCACCAAUAAUAUUAUAUGGAAUAAAAUGACUGAACUUUAUGUGGAAUAUUCCAAAUCGCUAACAAAUACCACCGAAAUACAAAAUUUCCUAUUGAAAAUCCUCAUUAAUGGCUCCGAGGAAAAACCGGGUAAUUUUAAAGCAUUACUUACAGAUCAAGAAAUUCAAAAAUUGUCCAAUGAACAUGUGGAUGUAUCGCAACAUUUAAAGGAAUUUUCCUAUGCCAAACGGAUUGUGGAAGCUGAGAAACGUGUCACAGAUACCUUUGAACAAUUGCAAAAACUUAUGGCCGAUAUAAACACCAAACAAAAGGGAGAUAACAAAAAAGGAGGGCAAGCAAUUGCACAAACUACAGAGUCUAAGACUAAAGCGGAUACCAUCAAGAAAAAUCCCACUGCGACGGAUAAGAACAACAAUUCCCCUAUGACAAAUACAACUUCCCCAACAGCCUCUAGUGUGGGCACCAAUCUCAUGCAUUCCCCUCCAACCAAAGACAAUGAAAAUAAUUCCGUCUCAGUUUGGACCCACUUGGUUGACACAUUUUUGGGCAAAAGUUCAUCGCAAAAAUUCAAAUUUGAUGCCGGCGAACUGUUACAAAAAACUCGCAAAUCUCUGGAACAAUAUCAAUCGUUGGAUAUUAAUUAUAAUUUGCUAACAUGUGCUCGUCCUAGAUUUAUUGAACAAUUUGCUUAUCGUUACUAUCAUCCGUGAGCAUAAUCUGACAAUGUAUCCACAUCGGAAAAAAACGUUUGUAUAUUUUUAUAUAUAUAUAUAUGUAUUUAUAUUAAAGACUGUUGUUGAACCGGGGUGCCGAGCAAGGAGAAUUGGAAAAAAUGGAAAUUGUAAAUAAGUAAGCAAUAACUAGUUGAAUGAAAGAAACAAAAACAAAAAUGGAAACCUGGAACAAGAGAUACAAUCAUCAUUCCACCAAAUCGAUCGUGUGUUGUGUUAGUUUCAUUGACAAACUGUGUGACUGAGUGUGAUUUGAUUAUGAAGAAAAUAAACUAUUGCAAUAAGAA